UAUCAGCACUGUCACCGUGUUGUGCAACCACACUGCAGCAUGGGAUGCAGUCACAUCGCAUUUUCAGAAUCAGAAACUCCACGGUGAAGCAUCCUCCAGUCAUCUAAAUCUUUCUUCUUAGCAAUUAAUCUUACCCAUUAAUAAGCUGACUUAUUCCUGACUGCCCUUUGGAAGUGAUACCAUCAUCAUGGAAAACAUUCCAGGAGUUGCACAAGAUGCUGUGUUAGUUCAAAGUUCAGAGAUGCCUGCAGAUUCUGUCACGGUCAAAGGUUACGAUUUUAACCAGGGCAUCAACUAUCAUGCACUCAUGCAGUCUUAUUUGACCACUGGAUUUCAAGCUACUAACUUUGGAAAGGCAGUAGAAGAAAUAAACAAAAUGCUUGAUAAAAGAGCAGAACCAAUUAGUGAAGAGGAGGUCAGAAGUGGUACAGAGCUGAACCCGUGUCAUAGGACCAAGACCAACUGUACUAUAUUCCUAGGUUUCACCUCAAAUUUGAUCUCAUCUGGUGUUAGGGAGAUCCUCAAGUUUAUUGUACAACAUAAUCUAGUAGAUUGUAUAGUAACCACUGCUGGUGGGAUUGAGGAGGAUCUGAUUAAAUGUCUAGGAAAGACGUAUAUUGGAGACUUUCAUCUAAAGGGUGCCACCCUCCGUGAAAAAGGGAUCAACAGAAUUGGCAACUUGUUAGUUCCUAAUGAUAAUUACUGCAAGUUUGAGGACUGGAUCAUCCCAAUCUUGAAUGACAUGUUAAAGGAACAAAAUACUGAGGGCACUAAAUGGACACCAUCAAGAAUGAUAAAAAGGUUCGGGAAAGAAAUUAACAAUCCUGAGUCCGUCUGGUACUGGGCCUACAAGAACAAUAUUCCAGUGUUUUGUCCAGCAAUAACAGAUGGCUCAAUUGGUGAUAUGGUGUACUUUCAUUCAUACAAGAAUCCAGGCCUAAAUAUAGACAUUGCUGAAGAUAUAAGAUUAAUGAACAGCCAAGCUGUCUAUGCAUCUCACACGGGUAUGAUACUGUUGGGUGGUGGCGUUAUUAAACAUCACAUCUGCAAUGCCAAUCUCAUGAGGAAUGGAGCGGAUUUUGCUGUGUUUGUAAACACUGCCCAGGAGUUUGAUGGCUCUGACUCGGGCGCUAGGCCUGAUGAGGCAGUCUCUUGGGGCAAAAUUAGGAAGACGGCUCAACCAGUUAAGGUGUACGGCGAAGCAACACUCAUCUUUCCAUUACUUGUGGCUGAAACAUUUGCAAGGAGAGUGAACCUACCUCACUGUGACCAAGAUGAAAGCAUAAAAGAAUCUGCAACCAGCAAAUAAUAUCAAUAACAUUUAACUAUUAGAAAGAGCAUUAAUUAUGAGUAAAAAAAAUUAUGAAGAGUCAAAAAAUAAAAAACUUAAUAUCAGUGUUCUCCAUAAAAAAACAAAUUCUCGUAAUCUCAAAAGCUCCGAUGAGGGCAGUAUAAUAGAGGCAGUAGAGCAAAAAAAAAAAUAUCUAUUAAUCAACCAAGUGUUUCUAGAGUUCCUCAGGAGGGCAGUAUAAUAGAGGCAGUAGAGCUAAAAAAGAUCUUAACCAAUCAACUAUUAAUCAAUCAGCCUCAUGAGGGCAGUAUAAUAGAGGCAUUAGAGCUAAAAAAGAUUUACGAAUCAGCCGAGUGUUUCCAGAGCUCCUCAUCGGAACUAAAAAAUUAAUUCUGGUAAUUUUUUGGCGCAUUUCAUUUAGAAUCAAUUAAGUUUUACAAUUUUGGAAUGUACAAAUCCACUCUAAAUUUUAUGAUCAUCCAUUUAUUAGUUUUUGCAUACUCCUGCUUACUUGCACUUGAAAUUAAUUCUUUUAUCAGAAAUUAUUUUAUGCAAAGAAAUUAUUUAUUUUGAUACUUUGUAUCUCACAUUUUACCCUUGUAAAUAGAACAUUUUUACAUUUGUUUUACACUUGUAUUUCUAUAAUUUAAUUAUUAUUAUUACUGUAUUAUCAAGUGCACUUUUUGGCAAUGAUUUUGUAGAUGCUUUGUAAUUUACAUUAUUUAUGAAAAUGUUAUAUUUACUUGACUCUAAUUACAGUAAUGUUCUCAUUGGCAUCAGAAAUAGCACUCUUAGGCUUGUUGCGCAUUGAGUUUCCAAAAUUCUUUUUCAAACAAAAAAAAGCUAAGCAAAAAUCAUGUGGUCCAUUUUAUUAUAGUAAUAUUAUAAUGUUCUGCACAAUCCAGGCUGAGGCAAUAUUGACAUUAUACUUUGUUUAUUAAAAAAUCAUCUCAUGAUGAUUAUCUAAUAAAGCAUAAAAUAAUGAAUCAACAAGGCCAUCUCAUGAACACAUUGAAUUAAAACAAAGAAGGCCUGUUUCAUCAAUGAAUUACGUUCAUUCAAACACCUAUUUGAUUUUGUAGAAUAAAAUACAAAAAACAACAAAUGGAUUAACAUGCAGUGAAGAGAAUUAAUUAGAAAACUCUUAAAACUGAGCUCUGUAUAUUGGGUUUAUUAAAAUUAACCCAAAAAUUAUUACCUGCACAUGAUAGCCUAGUUGACGGUGGUUGUGCAGUAGCUGACAGAUAUAGGCUUAGAAUUUAAUGAACAUUUCCAGUUAAAUAUCAGCAUACAUUGUUCAAUAUUGAUUUUUUAAAGAAAAUGCACCUGUACAACAAACUAUUAUGUUUCAUUGAAGUUGAAUGUUUAAAUGACUAAAAUAGGCCUACAGCUGUUUACUUAUGUACAGCUAAAAACCAAGAUCCCUGUUGACUUUUUAAUGUGUGAAACUACAGAUGGUAGACUUUCAUUCCGGUCCAACCCACUCUCCCAACCUUCCAGAAAGUUUGGUCUGCCUUCCGUGAAGUAGACACUGUUCAUUUUUUACUCUCCAGAUCGAAUAGGCGAGGAAGGUGGGGCAAAAUCCACUAUGGAUUUAGGCCGGCAAGGACACUGGCAAAUGCAGAUUUGGGAGGACACUGAUAUUUAUGAAAUAAAAAAAGAUUACUGAAUAUAUUACAGUAAAGCUUACCUAAGUCGAUCUUAUUUUACAUGCCAAACUGUUGUGUUUCCAUUAAUUGGCAAUCUGCAAGUCAAAUUUUAUCCGAGUCGAACAAUUUUUCAAUGCCAUUUUGGAUUCGACUUGCGCAAGUUUAACUGUAUUGUAUAAUAGAUAUACAGUACCUGUAUUGCCAAAUGGAUUUGUCCAUGUGAUGAAGGUGGAUACAGAAUCAUUAUACAUAAUAUGUACUAAUGAUAUUAACUUGAGCUAUGGUUUUAUGAUGCCAAAUAAUAAAAUCAAAUAACAGUAAUAAUGAGUAGUCCCAUGGCAUUAUUGAAUUCUUUAUUAUGCAUAUCAAAACACAAAAACAUUUUCUUUUAGGCAGUGGCUAUUGUUACACCAGUAUUUAAUCAAUUAAUUAUGAUGUUACUGUCUUAAUUCCAUCCAUACAUAAAAUAACAUCCAAUCAAAAUUAAAUUUUAAGACUGAUGUACACGAUGUUUAUUAUAGUAUUAAAGUAACAUAACAGCUGCUUUGAAACCAAAAGUUACAAAUGUGGUCAUAUAAAUUUGUUGUAUGAUGUUUUGUUCAUUGCUAAUAAGACAAUUAGAUAAUAUGUUCCAAUCAACUGAACUUGCUUUAUUUCAUAUUAAAUUUAUGUUAUGGAAAUAUUUA